AUGAAGUCCGAGCCUGGUCGUUGGAUCGCGGUUGGUGUUGACGAAGCGUGUGAUCGUUGCCGACGUGAGAUUAUCACGUAUAAUCGUCCAAACUGGCCCUGCCUCAAGGCAGUCAGGCCACACAAUAAGGCCCUCCGUUGUGCUUCAUGCACGUCUGGCCCCUGCUCCUUCUGUCCCGUUUCCUCUGCCCGGGACAUCCCGCCCCGUCCCUUCGACGCUUCUCCUCUCCCCCCUCCCCAGACUCCAGCGUCUGUCCCCCGUUCGCGGGUACCGUCUUCGUCUCUCCGGUCGGUUCGCCGUACUUCGCCGGACCUCCGCCCGUCGCCUCCGUCGCCGUCGCCCUUCGCUCCUGUGGCCGGCCCAUCACGUCUCCCGGCUGUUCCUCCUUCGUCUUCUCGCCGUCCUUCGGCCUCUGCUCCUUCGGCCUCCCGUCCUUCGGCCUCUCGUCCUUCGGCCUCUCGUCCUUCGGCGCCACGUCCGUCCUCUCCAGUGGUAGCUUCUCCUCCGGCUCACAGCACCCGAAGUCGGCGUCCUUCUGUUCCUCCGGCCUCUUCGGCGGCCCCUCCCGUCACCCCUCCCUCUGCUUCCCAGAAGACACCGAAGUCUUCUUUAAAGAAAUCAAAAGGGAAAUCUAAAGAGAAGGAGGUUGCCUUCAAUGAUGGUGAUGUGGAAAAUGAAGAUACUCAGCGUGCUGGUCCCUCUGCUCCCCGGUUGUCCCUCGUCCACCCUCGUAUCUCCCUGGACGUCCGUAUUCCUGAGGACGAAAAGGAAUUCGCCACUUAUCGUUCUCUCGUCCUCGGUCUCACUACUCAGCUUGAGGCCGCCCGAAAUGAUACAUCUCUCCUGCUUGACUUCUCUUCUCGUCAAGCUAACGCUUUAAACAAUCUUACUGCGGCGUUAGUAGAUGUAGUCAACACUGGGGCUCUGGACGACGAAGCAAGGACAAGGUUAGCGGCCGUCUCUCGCCGAAGCCUUACUGAGAUAGCCGAUGUUCGCCGAAGACUGUUCGACACCCCCUUCCUAGUCACUCCUAUGGCGUAUGAGCCACCACCGUCCCUUGACUGGUUAGGUCGCCGUAGUAAUUCUCGUGUCCCAGCUUCCGCCCAGACUGCUCUCGACCUCCUCAGUCUUCCCUUCGAGUGUCUACGGACCAUACGUUCUCUGUGGAGGACCCCGAGCAUGCAAGCUGCUCGAGAUGUCCAGGACUUCGGUGACUUCUUUGGGGCUAUGAAUCGGGCAUGGAAUGCUUCUCUCUCUACUGCGUUCCCGUCUGAGACUCUCGAUCUACCUUCGGUCAUCGGUAGCCUCCACACCAAUCCCGCGGGACCGAGUAGAUCGAAGGAGAAAGGAAAAGGAAAAGGUAAGGGUAAGAGUAAGGACAACCCUUCGCAGUCGCCCCUCCUUCGGCUUAGUAGGGUGAAGUUCGUGGAACUUCGCCAAUAUGUCGUCAGCUCCAUCGACGUUCUCCACUGGUUCCCAUGA